AUGGCGGACUACGGAGGUGGAUAUGGCUUCAUGCCUCCCAUCACCCAUGGUCUACCCUCAGAGUCCCUCGGCAGGAUGCCACCACCGCCACCACCGCAACCCAUUCACCAGUCCCCGGCGACUCACACCCAGCUCCCCAUGCUCAUGAUGCCCCAUGCGCACGCUCCGUGGCCGAGUAUGUUGACGAACCCGAACAACUUUGGUCCGCCGCAUUCUGCUCCCCCAGUCCCCAUUCCUUCCAUCACAGCGCCUCUUAAGACGUCAAAGUUGCCCGCCAUUCAGACUACAUCGCAGCCAAGGAAGACCCUUACGGACGAGAACCGCCGGGAGAUGUGCCAGUAUGCCGAGGACCAUCCGACCGCAAAGCAGACCGACAUUGGCGCCCGAUUCGGCGUUGAAAGGAGUACCGUAUCUAAGGUCUUGCGGAAUAAAGACAAGUACCUCAACUCGGAGGAGCGGAGUAGCUCUCCGGUAAAGCGCACCGGCAAGGGGAAAGGGGCCAACGUUGAGAAAGCGCUGGCAAAUUAUCUCCAGAAAGCGAAAAAGAAUGGCAUCGUGGUCACUAGGGAGGCACUGAAGGAGAGGGCGCUCGCAUUUACUUCUCUGGCUUCGGGCGACUCUCUUCUCGAGUUCACAAGCUCGUCUUGGCUGGACAAGUUCAUGUCAAAGCAUGGCAUCGGCUCCAGCAGGUUGAUACGCCGCGCGUCCGAGACCAACAUCCCAGACAGUAUGCGCGCUUCUGGCUCACCAUCGCUGGCACCGUCCCAGCCACACAGCGCCAUUUCGCCCGCUUCACCCUCACACCACCUCUCCCCAUCCCCGCUAUCGGCGAACAAGAGCGACGAGGAGAAGGAGAACAUCAACAGCUUCAUGGGCUUCGCGUCGGACGGCGCUUACAGACAUACAAACUCACAGAGUACGGCGUCUCUGUCUAGUGCUUUUACGGAUGCGGCAACACCGUCUUUCUCUGGCAGCGCGAUAAGCCCGACAGCCUCGUUCAACUUUUCUCCGGACGCCAAUGUUGGCGCUUUUCUCACCGGAGACCGGAGCGGUCAUAUGCCGCCUCACGGAGCCGGCGGAUUUCAGCGGCCGCGGAGUCAAACCUUUCCCACCCUGGACCUUGAGUACAUGAACCAGCCGCAGCCAGCGGAACCCGCUACUCCUAAGUACCACGUCCCGUCCACCGCGCCGUCUUCCGCCCUCGAGUCGAGUAACGGGCCGAGCUUCACGUUCGAUCAGGCAGUCUCUCCGCCCCAGCUUCGCCACAGCAGUAGCAACAGCAGCAUCACACGAUCCGUCACGACGCCCGUCACCUGCAGUGCUGUGGGUUCGUCUCCGGGUUCACCGACGCAGGAGGAUGCACGGAGAGCCGCCGAUACCUUACUGUCAUUUAUCACGACCGCCAGCGGAUUCGUGGAUCAGAACGAGUACAUGGCUGUGGUAAGGUUGACUGAGAAGCUCCGCCUCCACCAAAAUCAACUCGCCAAGGCCGCCGCUCACGGGAUGGGGGGACUGUCGCGAAUCCCCGAAGGUGACAGCGAGAUGCCAAACGCGCCGCCUGGCAUGAUGAAGGUGGAGCCAUCUAUGAGCGGGUAG